AUGCCGACCUGGGAUUCUUUACUGCCGGAGAUCCGUCUCAUGAUCCUGAGAGAACUAGAACGGCAUCCUCGAAAGGGUUCUUACGCAGCUGUCUCUAAAGAAUGGCAAGCCGUGAUCGAGAAAAGCACGUUUCGUCGGCUAAAGCUCAAGGAAACUUGCCUUGACGAAUUCGAUCGGAUAAUCCAGCGCCAACGAGGAUUAGUUCGACAUGUUUGCUUGGAUAUCGAGUUAGAGAGAUAUACUUGCCGGUGCUGCAAUCGGUGGGAAUCAAUGACAUGGGCACAUAACAACAACAAACGCGCCACUCCGCCCCUCUUCAAGCUGUUUUCCAUUCUCAGUACCUGGGAACCGACCAGGGAAGGACUCACACUGGAGCUUAAUGCAUAUUCGACGAGCGAUAAAGAACACUGGCACAAAACGUGUUACCUUGGAACCUUGGAAGAGGACGCACUUCUCGAUUCAGGUCUACCGCUGGACACCAACGAGAUAGAUGAUCCGGGUCAUGGCUGGGUACAUGGCAGACAGGUCUCCCCGCCUCCUAGCGGUGCGAUACGAAGGAUCUACGAAGAUCUUAAUAUCAAAUUCCAUGACCAACUUCCCCAAGUGGAGGUGGUCACCAAAUUUCUUCUUCGCCGACAAUGCCGUCGUCAGUGGACGCCGCCCACGUUACAGCGAAUAUGGGAAAAUCUCCCACAGCUGGAAGAAAUUGUAUACGAACCAUGGCAGCUUUGCGAAAAGCCCCUCCAAGAAUUUCGGAGAGACGUUGAGUACUACAAGAUGGUGACUUCAUAUCUGCCGAUGCACCUCAAGAAACUAUCCGUAUUUGAAGACUUUGACGAAACAUUUCUUUCACUCUUUCAAACCCAGCCUAGCUAUCUCGCUAGCGAAUCAUUACAUUCAUACCUCCAAACCCAACAAAGCAAUAGCUUUAACGAAGCAGAGCUUUCAGACAUUCAAGCCUUUCAAGAUUAUCUCGCCUCAAUCAUCCCAGAUCCCGUCAGGGUGACAUCUCGACAAGUCGCGCAGGGCUUUGCGGCUAGGAGCCUCGAACUCGAGCACCUAUCCGUCGCAUUCAUGGCCGAGGCGCGGUACUUCAUGGAUUCAGCCAAGAGGACCUGGACAUGGCGUGAGCUGCGAUCGCUCUCUCUUACGUCCCGGCUGAUGAGCCGCGAGUCCAGUUCUGAGAAAAUUUCUCACUUGCUGCAGGAUGCGGGGGCGGUCGCGCUUCGCAUGCCGAAACUGGAGAUGAUGAAUAUCUGGAACGGUGCGCGGGGGGAAGCUUGUGCGUUCAUGUAUCGUCAGAAAGACUCUUCCAUAACUUGGCGGGGAACCUGGGAGUUCAGGCUUUCACAUGAUGUACUUCAAAGUUGGAAGAAGGUAGUGGCUCGCUUUGCCAGAGAUGAGUUGCGGGUCAGGCAUCAACUGCUCGGUUGCGAGAUUUUGUCCCACGGGGACGCGAUUCAUUAUCUGGAUUUGGCCUUUGUGAUUGACCCUGUGUCUUUGGUGCAGAUACGGAGGGAGAAUGAGCAAUCGUGA